GCCGGCCUCUUCUCUCUAUCACCCACUACUCUCCACAAACUUGUCUCUGCCGGAAACCACCGCCGCACCGCCACUGUUGAAGCUCCUCGGUUUAUACUCAAAUUGAAGGAUGUAUGAUGAAGAGCAGCCAGAUGAAAGUGACGAUAGUCUUCCUGGGUUAGGAAAUGCAGAUGAUGUAAUUAUACCAAAUGAUGAGAAACAGAAAAAGAAACGGAAGAAAAUCUUGUUAGAAGAAGCUAAGAAGGCACGGAAUCGUGGAGUUUGUUAUUUGAGUAGGAUACCACCACAAAUGGACCCGGUGAAGCUACGUCAAGUUCUUUCGCAGCAUGGUGAGAUUGACAGGAUUUAUCUUGUGCCUGAAACUAAGCAGCAGUUACCUCAGCAAGUAAAUCGCAAGAAAGCUGGUGAUUUUCGUGGUCAAGGCUAUGAAGAAGGGUGGGUUGAAUUUACAAAUAAAAGGGUUGCGAAGAGAGUUGCUCAUAUGUUAAAUGGGGAACAGAUGGGUGGGAGGAAAAAGUCAUCCUUCUUUUAUGACAUUUGGAAUAUCAAAUAUCUGAGUAAAUUCAAGUGGGAAGAUCUUACUGAAGAAAUUGCUUACAAGCAUGCUCUUCAACAGCAGAAGUUAGUUAUGGUAAAUUCUGCUGCCAAGAAAGAAAAGGAAAUCUACAUGGAUAAGGUUGAUAAAUCUAAUGGUCUAAAUGCCAUAGAAGAAAGGAGGAAGAAGAAGCAGAAGAUCCAAGAACAAGGCUCAGCAGAGCAACAAGAACCAAAAGUAAUUCGUCAUUUCCGACAAACAAGGCCAGUUAAAGAUGAUUCAGCCCAGCCCAAAUCUCAGAUGUCUAGAAAUGUCUUGGCCGGACUAUUCUGUGGAAAAUGAUCAGCACCAACGCCACCAUGAUCAUAACUCAAACACUUCUUUUUGUCAAGUUUCUUUCAUAGGUAAUCUUAAUGUAACAUUUGCCUCCGUGUAGGGUGUUUUGAAUACUUUUUCGUUUAGUUGUUGUCAUGGUUAGCCCCUACUCCAGACAGUUUCUUUUUUGUUUUUGUUUUAUUUAUUUCUUAAAACUUUUCCUAAGAUUACUAUUUCCGACAUACAUGUCUAUUUAUAAAUGCAUCAGUUGAUUUCAUAAU